GGACUGAUUCGCACAGAAACCCGAGAGAACGGAGUCAACUCCCGGCAUUCGCCUUGCGCUCUUGCCAUGGCGAUGCAUUUCACCUUCUCACAGGAGGUGGUGCUGCUCUUCGAUUUCUGGAAUGUUCACAGUCCUGCAGGCAUGGCCCUCUCGGUGUUGGUAGUCCUGCUCCUGGCCAUCUUGUAUGAAGGCAUAAAGGUUGGCAAAGCCAAGCUGCUCUACCAGGCACUGGCGAGCCUGUCUACCCCUCUCAACCAGCAGCUCAUCCUGGAGACAGACCGGGAUUCAGCGAGCUCAGAUGUACCUCCAGCUGGCAGAACUCGCCUCAGGUGGUUUUUGUGCCACUUUGGCCAGUCUCUAGUCCAUAUCAUUCAGGUGGUCAUUGGCUACUUCAUGAUGCUGGCAGUCAUGUCCUAUAACACUUGGAUCUUCCUUGGCGUGGUGCUGGGCUCCGCUGUGGGCUAUUACAUCGCCUACCCGCUUCUCGGCAUGGUAUAACUGGCAAGAGAUGGACGAGCACUAAGCACUGGAAGGAGCUGAGGUUCCCCUCUUCUUCUGGUCGCUGCUCCUUACCUUGUUCUCAGCUCUUGGAAACAAAGCUACAGCUGCACUUGCUCCCUAGCCACUACAUGUAUCUCCCUCCUGACAGCCUGCACGGGCUCAGGCCUCAUCUUGUGCCUUAGAAAGGCUGCUGUGACCACAGGGAGAAUGGAGAAAACAGAACCCCAGGGAAGGGCUGUUGAAUCAAUGAUUGUGCAGCUGUGUGACUUAAGACUAGCAUUUCCAAAGAUCUUGAAAGCAGGAGAUGGGUUCUGGGUGCAGGGCCUGACACCUGCAGACCGUCUCCUCCUGCUUUGUGCCUUAUCUACAGGAACGUCUUCCACUGGACUUUCUUCUUCUGUCAUUAGGGGACAGAAACCAAGCCAGCUCCUUUUUCUCACUUUUCUGCCUUCAGAACACAUGAAGCUUGUCUCUUCUGUGGCCCAUGCUGACAAACCAAGAUUUGUCAUCUUCCCAUUGAAUUUCUGGCUAGCAAUUUUGCACAGACAUAUAAAACUUUUAAAGAAAUUAUUUUAUUUUGUUCUUGAUGGACAAUAGCAUCUGCUGAAACCUUCGAGGGCGGCAGUGGGGGAUCAGUGGCAGCUGACUGAAAGCAGAGAUGCAGGGCUGUUAUCAAGGCUCCUGGCAUCAGACAACAGUGCCCGCAGGAGGAAGAGUCUGAUGGCCACGGGUCUGGGAAGCUCUUUAGGAUCUAACAUCUCCCUUAUACAGAACAGAGAACUGCAUUUCAUAAUACCCAGCACUUAAUGUUUUUUUAUUUCUUACUGCUUACUCUAGACAAUUUGGUUGGGAAGCAGGAUUUGGUCUCUUAAAUACUGAGUAAACUUUAGGGUGUCUCAAUGGAAGCUGCAAUAAGCAGUGAAACCAAAUCCAGGACUGUUUAUAAUGAGGUGGAUGACUCUGAACCUCUUCACUUCACAGCAAAGCAAGGUGACCCAAGGGGGAGGAAAAUCACUGCUCUAGAGUGUCAAGUCCAAGCUCAAGUACCUCAUGGGCUACAGUAUAGAUGGUCUUCAGCUUUGGGGAUUAUAAACAGAUCCAUUUUAAUAAAUAUAUAUUUGUACAGU